AUGCAGUAUAAAAUAAGCCAGUCCCAAGAGUUUAAUCAGCAAGCUCCUAAACCACCUCAAGUUGAAUCAUCCAACAGUUUGGAGAACUUGUUGAAGGUGUACAUGGCGAAGAAUGACGCCCUAAUCCAGAGUCAAUCAGCAACAUUGAAAAAUUUGGAGAACCAAAUAGCUGAGCCAGAACUUACAAAGUCUAAUAAGGUAAAAUCUAAACCAAUGAAUUCAAAUAAGCUAACAUCUCUUUUAGAUGCAGAUUUACCUCAUCAGAAAAGUUGUCUAGUCCAACCCAAAGUUCUAUCACCUCCAUGUCCUCAUAAAUUCCAACCAAAUAAGCAGAAACAUGAGGUACAAUUCAAGAAGUUUUUGGACAUUCUAAAGCAACUUCAUAUCAAUAUCCCAUUGGUAGAGGCUUUAGAACAAAUUUUCAACUAUGUCAAGUUCAUGAAGGAAAUUUUGUCCAAGAAAAAGAGACUUAGUGAGUAUGAGACUGUAGCACUAACGAAGGAGUGCAGUACCUUCCCACAGAACAAGCUACCUCUAAAAUUGAAGGACCUUGGAAGCUUUACUAUACCUUGUAAUAUUGGAGAAUCUUACUGUGGUAAAGAUUUGUGCGACUUAGGAGCAAUCAUCAACUUGAUGCCCAAAUCUAUUUUCAAGCUGUUGGGAAUAGGUGAAGUAAAACCCACAACUGUGACACUUCAACUGGCGGAUUGA